AUGAUACUUGGCCCACCGGAGGACUGCGCAGACUCCGUCCGCGCAUUGAAGAAGAGGGCACGACAAGUUUGUGCCCUGCGAACAGCUCCAAGCGAACCUUCACUCUGUUUGGACCCGAUAUCAUUCACUUCGGAAGACGCCAAAGGAAUCCAACAUCCCCAUUCAGACCCUUUGGUUAUCGAAGUCUCAAUGGGCGACUUCGACGUCGAACGAGUCCUAAUUGACACCGGGAGCACCGUCAAUGUACUCUGCUGGCAAAUGUUAGAAAAAAUGGGCGUCACACCAGACCAACUGAAACCCAAAACUCGAACGCUGACGGGCUAUGAUGGAGUCGCUAAGAUGUCAAUGGGCGACGUAAAGCUACAAGUACGAGCUGGUGGAGUGACCCGAAAGACUAAGUUCGCAGUCAUUGAUGCACCUCCGAUCUACAACGCCAUUUUGGGGAUACCGUGGAUAUAUUCGAUGCAGGCCGUACCAUCGACCUAUCACCUCUGCCUCAAAUUCCCGACCACCACAGGAAUUUACACACUUUAUGGCGACCAAAGGGUAGCCCGAGUGUGCUCUGUUAUCGAAAAGAAGCAGAGGAAGGCGGAGAACGCAUAG